AUGCAGGUCCAGGCUGAGAGAGCAUCCUCAAUUCACAAUGAAGAUGUAUACAGUGAGACAAGCCCAGAGACCGAGGAAGAUGACUUCCCCGAUGGUUACAUAGAGUACAUCAUCAGAGGUGAGUUUUCUGAACCUAUUUUGGAAGAGGAUUUACUUUUUAAAUGUUUCGAAAACCUAGAGAAAGCCGAGCAGGGCCUUUCUCUCCAGGUUCUUGAUGCAAGUUCCCUUCUUGAAAGUUCUUUGGAAUAUGUGACUAAGGGUGCAAAGCAGGACAAAAGAGACUUGAAGCAAGUACAGCCUCAAGAGAUUGUUGGAGCGAACUCAGCCCUUGAGUCUUCCAAGGACGUGACUAGCGAGAAACUUCCCGUCGAAAAAUCAUCAUUGGAAACUGAUUUAUCAGAUCAUGAGCAGCUUGCGGAACCUCCUGCAGAGAAACCGAAGGGUGGUAAACACUGUGCUCCAUCAUCGAUGCAGGAGUGUCCUCAGACAGGGUGCAGGAAGAAGCUGAGGAACAAGACCGCCCUGAGGAAGCACAUGCUUGUCAACGGUCCCCGUCCGCAUGUGUGUGCCGAGUGUGGGAAAGCUUUUGUAGAGAGCUCGAAACUCAAGAGACACCUUCUGGUCCAUAGUGGAGAGAAGCCAUUUCGGUGCACCUUCGAAGGGUGUGGGAAGUGCUUCUCGCUGGACUUCAACUUGCGCACACAUAUCCGCAUCCACACUGGUGAGAAGCGCUUUGUGUGCCCCUUUGGCGGCUGCCAGAAGAGCUUUAUUCAGUCAAGUAACAUGAAAACUCACAUCCAAAUCCACACAAAGGCAGGGAAGAGAUGCUGA